AGCCUGCGGAGGCAAACGGCCAAAGCGACGGGUUCUUUCUUUUCGUCCGUUCGCGGAUGGGGAAGUACAUGCGGAAGUGCAGGGCCGCGGCCGCGGGCGGCGGCAGGGCGGCGCCGGCCGUCGUGGAGCACCGCGCGCCGGUGGCCCUCGGCGUCCGCACGCGGUCCCGCGCGGCCGCCCUCGACGCGAAGAUGAGGAAGCAGCAGCAGGCGACGACGUCCACGGCGGCGCGCGCGGUGGAGGAUGCGUUGCUGGGCCGUGACGGCGGCGACGCGGCCGCCGGGUGCUACCUGCAUCUCCGGAGCAGGAGGCUGUUCAUGCCUGCUGCCGCGGUGGUGGAUCAGCUGCGGGGACAGGGGGUGUGUGAGGAGGCUUCCACAGCGGGGCUGCCGGACUCUGGGCCCUCGGUGGAGGCGGCGGUCGGGGCCGGGGUCUCGCGCUGCUCCAGCACCGCGUCCACGGCGGUCGACGUGGCGGCUAGAGAGAGGAGCGGGGAUGAAGCGGAGCAGGCGUGCGAGAGUCGCGACGUGGAGAGCUCCGUCAGCGACUCUGAGUGCGGCGGCCGGGACAGGAGGGAGACGACGCCGUCGAGCCGUUCGCCGGUAGAUUUGAGCGACCUGGAGUCGAGCCAGGCGGCGGACGAGCAGAAGCACAAAGGCAGGAGGUGUCCGGCAACAACGACGACGACCGCAGCGCCAUUGCACUAUGACUUGGAGGCGAGAGCAAGAGCAAGGAUGCCACCAGCGGCAGAGAUCGACGAGUUCUUCGCCGCCGCGGAGAAGGCCCAGGCCGAGCGCUUCGCCGCCAAGUACAACUUCGACGUCGCGCGCGGCGUGCCUCUCAACGCCGGCCGGUUCGAGUGGACCCCGGUGGCCACCGUGUGAGCAGAGCAUGAUGCAAAUGACGGGGAGCUAGCGGCGGCGCGCGUAGAAAGGGAAGGCCUGCUGGGAGUGAAAAGAGACGCUGAUCCAACCCCCCAAAGGAAAACAGUAAAGAGAAAGAGGAGUAAAAAAGAACAGAAUAAUCCCAUGCACAGCUGCCUAGAGCUAGGCAUGCAGUAGCCCUCUCCCGAUCCACCUUGUUCAAAUUUGCUUCGGUUUUUAACUUCUUCUGCUUUUUUACAUUUCACUAGGCCACGGCGAUCGAAAAUAGGCUCGGCCGUUGUGUAACUCCUGUUUCCGUUUCCAGUUGGUACUAUCUUGCGGGCGGCAUUGAAUGCGCAGCAGCGGCCGGCAGCUCUGCGCUGCCGUGCUGCAGGCCUACCCGCCGGCCACCUUCUGCUA